AUGUCAUGCGUACGUGCCGGGACUACCGGGGGUGGUAAAUUCUUGUGGUGCUCAAUAGGACACACAGGGCGGCACAUGGAGCGCGAGGGGGCGGGCGGCAGCCACGCGCGCGCUACUGGACCGCGAAACGUUCCCGACCGACUAGCGACGUCAGUUCAAACCGGAGCGACGCACGAACCGAGCGCUUCGCACCGCCACGUGCCGCUCGUCUCGCGAACCUACCCUUACAUA